UUUGCCAUUGUCGAUUUCGCUGAUUUCACUUGUAAUCCAAAGGAAACAUAACCUCUCUACGCGAAGACAGAAUUGUCAGUUCCUGUGUCAGAUUCGCGAAUAAUAAACGUGUAAUUUGAGUAAAUAAGACAAUUUAAUCAACGCAAAGAUGCCAGACCAUUUAGGAGAAGACAUGCGAAAAGUGAAGAACGAGGAAGAAAAGGAAGAAAAGGAGAUAAAAUCAUUGGAUGAAGGCGACAUUGCUUUGUUGAAAACUUAUGGCCAAGGACAGUAUACAAAGAGUAUUAAAGCUGUUGAAGAGGAUAUACAAACUAUCAUCAAGCGUGUAAAUGAAUUGACUGGCAUCAAAGAAUCGGAUACUGGUCUGGCACCACCAGCACUUUGGGAUCUAGCAGCGGAUAAACAAACUUUACAAAACGAACAACCACUGCAAGUGGCACGCUGCACCAAAAUUAUAAAUGCAGAUUCUGAUGAUCCAAAGUAUAUAAUAAACGUGAAGCAAUUUGCGAAAUUUGUAGUUGAUUUAGCAGAUUCUGUAGCGCCGACUGAUAUAGAGGAAGGCAUGAGAGUAGGAGUGGAUCGUAACAAGUAUCAAAUUCAUAUUCCAUUGCCAUCGAAAAUUGAUCCUACCGUAACGAUGAUGCAAGUAGAAGAGAAGCCUGAUGUUACCUAUAGUGAUGUUGGUGGCUGCAAGGAGCAAAUCGAGAAAUUGAGAGAAGUAGUUGAAACACCGUUAUUACAUCCAGAAAAGUUUGUUAAUUUGGGUAUUGAGCCACCCAAAGGUGUUUUGCUGUUUGGACCACCAGGUACAGGAAAGACUUUAUGUGCCAGAGCAGUGGCUAACAGAACAGAUGCUUGUUUUAUUCGUGUAAUUGGUUCAGAAUUAGUCCAAAAAUAUGUUGGUGAAGGUGCUAGAAUGGUAAGAGAAUUAUUCGAGAUGGCGCGAAGUAAGAAGGCCUGUUUGAUCUUUUUCGAUGAAAUCGAUGCCAUCGGUGGUGCCCGCUUCGACGAUGGUGCCGGCGGCGAUAACGAAGUGCAACGUACUAUGUUGGAACUGAUCAAUCAAUUAGAUGGAUUUGAUCCACGUGGCAACAUAAAGGUUCUAAUGGCGACGAAUAGACCGGAUACAUUGGAUCCCGCGCUAAUGCGACCGGGUCGUUUGGAUAGGAAGAUAGAAUUUGGUCUGCCGGAUCUCGAAGGACGUACGCACAUCUUCAAGAUCCAUGCGCGCUCGAUGAGCGUUGAGAGGGAUAUUAGAUUCGAAUUGCUCGCUCGUCUCUGUCCCAAUAGCACAGGUGCUGAAAUUCGAUCCGUUUGUACCGAAGCUGGUAUGUUCGCGAUUCGAGCACGGCGCAAGGUUGCCACGGAGAAAGAUUUCCUUGAGGCGGUCAAUAAAGUCAUCAAAUCGUACGCCAAAUUUUCCGCGACACCCAAGUACAUGACGUACAAUUAGAGUAUAUUAAUUCGUUUGAUUUUUAUGCUCGAUAAGUUAAUAUUAGUGCGAUAUAAAUCUUAUAAUUAUUUCUAUUGCUGAAUCUUUUGGAUAAAUCAAUUUUGUUCUAAUAAACUUGUUUUCUGACACAAA